UUGAAUGGAUGAGAGGGAGGGUAUUUGGGGGAAAGGAACAUAGUGAGAGGGGGACCAGGAAGGCAAGUGGGGCAUGGAGGUCCAACACCAAGCUAGACUUUGGUCUGUUCUUUUUCCGGAAGAAAGUGGGGGAGGGGGAGAGGUGCUGGGAACGUUUUCCAGCAGAGGAGUGAAGUGUUGGGGACUCAGGAAGAAGCCUGGGCAGUGGGAGCACAGGCUGGAGGGAGGGAGGCCGGGGGCUCCCCCAGCAGGCAGCAGUCCUGAGAUGCGCUCAGGGGCUGGGAACCCCAGGCAGGGGGGUGGGGGCUGUCGCCCUGGGACUUGGGGCCCCCCUCCCCCCAGAGAGGGAGAGGAGACCCGUUGGGGCACGUGGACUUUCAGGUGCCUCUGAAAUGUGCGGCAGGAGGAGGCGGGGGCCGGAGAGACCCCAUAAUAAGGAGCUGGGCUAAAAGUCAGCACUCUGGAGACCCGGGCAGGGUGUGAGACCCAGACCGCUGGCGCUUCAUCUCUCCGAGGCUCGGUUUUCUCAUUUUUAAAAGGGUUGUUGUAAGGGUUCCUUUAGGGUUCCGUGGGAGUUCCAUAAUGGUGCUCCCGGGAGAGUCACGCCAAACACAACCAGGCGUCGGUGUGGGGACCCGCAGAUGAGGGUGUCUGGGUCCAGCGCUGCGGCGAGGCGGGUGGGGGGUGCACCGCCCCCUGGUGGCGGUCCCUUCCGGAUCACCCCGACUACAGGCGGGGCUCCUGGGCGGGCCACUCGCGAGCCGGCCGCCGUCCCGCCGCCAGUCUGCUGGCUCCUGGCGCGCGUCUGCCCGUCGGUCUCCGCCGCCCGCCGUGCGCCUCGAUGUCUCCAGCUGCUUACGGGAUGACUCCUCUCUGCUUCAACUGCUCCAUCCUCCCUGGAGACAUGUCCCCGACAGAUGCAGGGAGCCUGGUGCCCUGCAAUGGCAGUAGGACCUGGGGGGUCUUUGGCCCUGAGGACUUGAACUUGACUGAUGAGGAACUGAGACUCAAGUACUGGGGGCCCCAGCAGACGGAGCUGUUUGUGCCCAUCUGUGCCAUGUACCUGCUGAUCUUCGUGGUGGGCGCCGUGGGCAACGGGCUGACCUGCACCGUCAUCCUGCGCCACAAGGCCAUGCGCACACCCACCAACUACUACCUCCUCAGCCUGGCUGUGUCAGACCUGCUGGUGCUGCUCGUGGGCCUGCCCCUGGAGCUCUACGAGAUGUGGCGCAACUACCCCUUCCUGCUGGGCGCGGGUGGCUGCUACUUCCGCACGCUGCUCUUCGAGACGGUCUGCCUGGCCUCGGUGCUCAAUGUCACGGCCCUGAGUGUGGAGCGCUAUGUGGCCGUGGUGCACCCGCUGCAGGCCAGAUCCACGAUGACUCGGGUCCACGUGCGCCGUGUACUUGGAGCCAUCUGGGGCCUCGCCGUGCUCUGUUCCCUGCCUAACGCCAGCCUCCACGGCAUCAAGCAUCUGGAGGUGCCCUGCCGGGGCACGGUGCCCCACUCAGCUGUGUGCACCUUGGUCCGCUCACGGGCCCUCUACAACCUGGUAGUGCAGAUCACCACUCUGCUCUUCUUCUGUUUGCCCAUGGCCACCAUCAGCGUGCUCUAUCUGCUCAUCGGGCUUCGGCUGCAGCGUGAGAGGUUGCUGCUGCUCAGGCAGGAGGCCAGGGGCAGGGCCAAGUCCAGCGACAGCCACAGGUUUCAGCGGCCACAGGAUCGGGGCCGGACACAGGUGACCAAGAUGCUGUUUGUGCUGGUCGUGGUGUUUGGAAUCUGCUGGGCCCCUUUCCACGUUGAUCGCCUCAUGUGGAGCUUUGUGUCCAGCUGGACCGAGGACGUGUACCUGGCCUUCCAGUACGUGCAUGUUAUCUCCGGCGUCUUCUUCUACCUCAGCUCGGCCAUUAACCCUGUGCUCUACAACCUCAUGUCGAGCCGCUUCAGGGAGACUUUCCAGGAAGCCCUGUGCUUGGGGGCUCAGUGCCACUACCACAGACCCCGCCAUAGCUCCCACAGCCUCAGCAGGGUGACCAUGGGCAGCACCCUGUAUGACCUGGGCUCCCCAGGCAUCAGGGCCCACCCUCUGACUGAGAAUGGUGGCCAAGAGGGGCAGCAAGAGAUGGACCCCUUCUGAGUAGAGCCUUGAAGCAGCUUCCACCAGAGAGACCAGAGCACCACACGCAGUUUUGGGAAGCCACACUCACCCUCCUCUGCUGGGGUGUCUUCAUGGCCUGUCCCCCUUUGUGCCCCAUCCCCACUUCAGCCUAUAAACUCUGACUGACACCUCAGUGAUUCCUACCCUCACCCAAGGUUUGGAAGCGAUGUAAGGUCGUUAUCUGCCCUCCAGAGCCCCAGGCCCACAGGCAAAGUCUUUCUUCUACAAAACAUGGCAGCUGGUUAACGGGCAGAGGAAGCCUCCAUCUGGGCUCUCCCCCAACCCAAUCCCCACCCCCAUUUUCUGAAAUUUUAUCAUGGGGUCCCACCUUUCCUUCCCAUUUCUUGUUGAGGUUCUGCAGGUCCUCGCCCGGUGUGGCCCUCUCUGGUUCUUGGCCUGUACCUGGGGCCCCCACCAUCCUGGCCCUCCGUGGCCCCCCUGUCAGCCCCUUCUGGUCUGGAUCUCCACCUGGUGUAGUCCUGGGUGGCGGGGGUGUCAGGGAUCCGGGGGUCCUGGUGCCAAUCUCAGCCCUGCUGCCACCACCUUGCAGUGUGGCAUCACCUCUCCAGGCCUUGGUCCCUUGUUCGCAAAAUGAAAGGGGCCCUGGGGCGCCUGGGUGCCUCAGUCAGUUAAGCGUUCAACUUCGGCUCAGGUCA